AUGACCGACCUACCGGCCCAUGCCUCACCAAAUCUCGCCCCACGUUCGUUCCCGAGCAGAGCAGAUGGACAAUCGGACGAUUCGAGUCAGGAAGGCAUCGCCCCAGGCGUACAGACCCCGGCCCUCCCGGACUCAUUCCUGUCGCCCGCAUUCACCCCACCUGCAACCCCCGGUGGUACAUUGAACUUGGAUUUAAAUCCCACUGCAGUCCUUCACCAAACCCAGGCAGCACAUAUCCACAAUAAGAGCCACGAAGCUAAAGGCCCCAAAUUACUUCCGCAGCUUCCAGCAGUGGAAUGUAUUGUGCGGGCGCGAAUCCCAACAACCAACGGAGCAGAAAUGUUCCUACACCUCUACCACAAUGACUUGGAUGGAAAGGAGCAUUUGGCCAUUGUAUUUGGAAACAAUAUUCGUAGCCGGAGCUUGGACAGCGUUCGGCCAGGGGAGACCGAGAUGGACCGAAUGAUCCGCGGCGCGUACGUUGGCAAAUUGCACCCCGGUCGAGUCAGCAGCCGGUAUGAUGAUGAUCAGGCCGGGUCAACCUCGACGUCGAAGCAGAUCGAGCCCCCGCUUGUGCGAAUCCACUCGGAGUGUUAUACUGGAGAAACGGCGUGGUCGGCGCGGUGCGAUUGCGGCGAGCAGCUAGAUGAGGCGGCGCGCUUGAUGUCUUUCCCUGUGGAGGAUCUUGCCUCUGAUGCGCCGCCAGAGGUCCAGUCUCUCUCGUCACAUUCGACAGGCGGUGUGAUUGUUUACCUGCGUCAGGAGGGUCGCGGAAUCGGUCUUGGAGAGAAGUUGAAGGCAUACAAUCUCCAGGAUCUUGGGUCGGAUACCGUUGAAGCAAACCUUUUGCUCCGCCAUCCGGCUGAUGCCCGAAGCUAUGGACUGGCUACGGCCAUAUUGGAAGAUCUUGGUUGUGGCGUCGAUGCCAUCCCAGAAGGAAUUCGUCUGCUUACCAACAACCCCGAUAAAGUCCGUGCUAUCGAAGGCCCCAACCGGGAAGUUCUUGUAAAAGAGCGGGUGCCGAUGAUCCCAUUGGCAUGGCGGACUGGCGGUCAGCGAGGAAUUAAGAGCUCUGAGAUUGAAGGCUAUCUGAAUACCAAGGUAUGUCUGCGAAGCAUUGCCGGGUUUGGCGUUGAUACUAAUGUACCGACUUUGAUAGAUCUCAAAAAUGGGUCAUAUGAUCCAAUAAUCACUGAGCUUGUCGUUUUGAACUUUUGCCCCCAACACCUUCUCAUCUGGCUUAUGCUUUCUUGCAUUGGAACUUACAAAAGCCUUUUGUAUAUGAUCGACACGACCGAAUCCUUUCUUUGUGCAUAA